AAAGGCGUCGUCAUCAGUUUAGGAUAAACAGACGUGUAUAGCAGAAGCAGUGUAGAUCAGUGUUACAUUCUUUUCUCAGCUCACUCAAAGUCCGGCCACCAGGAUGGAUCAGGUAAUGCAGUUUGUGGAGCCUGGACGGCAGUUUGUGAAGGACUCGUUAAGACUGGUGAAGAGAUGCACAAAACCAGACAGAAAAGAGUUUCAGAAAAUCGCUAUGGCAACGGCAAUUGGUUUUGCAAUUAUGGGCUUCAUUGGGUUUUUCGUUAAACUCAUCCACAUCCCUAUUAACAACAUCAUUGUUGGUGGCUAAAUAUCUCCCAGAGGCUGACCUGCUGCUUUAGUGACUUGCUAGGAUUCAUUUUUGUACUUCUUUUUUUUCUCUUUUGUAUGUAUAUAACAUGAAAUAUUACACAUUCUUGCUUUUUCAAGAAUGCUUCAAACCUGUUUGACUGUACAAACUGCAUUUGCACACUCUUACACUAUAUUGUUUUAAUAUGAGUAUGUUUUACUGAUAUACUACAAUUAUUACAAAAUGUUCACAUACCAAUGUGUUUUUAAAUAUUGAAAUAAAUACAUCACACAAGAAA